UCGACGGUUUCCCGUUUCGUUCCGUUCUUUUUUGUUAGUCGUCUGGCUGCUGCUUUGAACUUUGGAUGUUCACUUCACUAUUACUGCGAUAGUGCAAAACCGUGCGCACAAAAAGGUGGUUUAAAUAUUUAGCUAUUUAAUUGCCUGUCUGAUGACUGAUGACGAGUGCGCGAGUGAGACUACAGGCAACGAACGGACUGAGCUGGUAAUUGUUGGUUGGUGUGCAGUGAAAUUAUUGUCGGAUCUAUACACUACGAAGUGCACCUUCCUUCUUCCAAUUCAUACGGUCAAGCAGGGAGGCAAGCGAGUGAAAAGUCAUUCAUUUUCGUUAUUGUCCGUUCGAAUUGUACAACAGUGCAACACUCCAGCCUGGAACAAUAGGUAUUGAACGCGGUGGUGGCUGAGGCUACGGUGGAUGUUAAGUAUUUUGUUCGAGUAAUGCUCGAGGUCUUCUGCAAUCGAUUACGGUAGACGGGUUGACUGACGUGUUCGAACGUUUUGUGUGUGGCGGCGAAAAAAAAAGAAAAAGAAAACCCCCGUUCCGUGGUUUGUCGUCUCCCAUUUGCUGGAAUAAGUCGAGGUUUCCUGCAAACCGUCCGACCGGACAGCUGUCGGCGGGGCUGAGUGGCAAGUUCAGAUGGAAAAUCUUAUUUUUAGGUGACACUUCCUGUGCUGGCUGGCUUUUUUAUUGUGUCAUUUUCGCGUGAAUAGAUUACCUGUCUGUGUGUGCGCGCGCGUCGCGGGUGCAAGUGAGUGGAAAAAUAAAAGAUCACUCGGUAUAAGGAAAAAUAAGUUUUAGUGCGACCGCAAAGCAAAGGUACGUCCGCCGAGCGAAGAUCUUUUGCUUCUUGGAGGCGGAAUUAAUCGGAUGAGAAAAGGUGUGCGACAAAAGCAUUUUCAGAGCAGCUGCCUUUGCGAGCGUGACACAGGGUGAAGGUCGUUCAAAGGCGUCGUCGACGACGACGACGACGGCAGCGGUAAACCUGCGGCAGCUCCUACAGCGCCAACAGUUUCUGGAAACGACAGCGCGAUCGACAGAUUUAACAAUAUUAUCGACAACGACAGCAGCUUGGGUGAGACGGAAAGAGAGGAGAUCCGGAAGUGCCGUACUGGUUGUGUGAUACUCGUUCAAGAUCAAUGCCAAAAGAAAAGCAACAGCAAUAAAAGCUCACGGGUGAUUAAUCGUGGCAAUAACAACAACAACAACAACAACCGCUGCAACAGCGACGACAAAAGCGGUGUAGCCGACAUUGGCCGUUCCGAAUCGUGAUAAUGAGGAGGCAUAUCCGAUGAUAGUGCAACUGUGGUUUUGUUGCUUUCCAGAAUUUUGCAGUCCGGUUCUUCGAACGGUUGGCAACUGAAAUUAUUCAACACAACAGAGCAAUAACAGAGGAGGAGACAUGGUUCACUGCAUUGCGAAGCUAACGGUCGGGUGCGCUGCUCGGAGCUGGCUGCACGUAGCUCUGGUGCUAGCACUGCUCACCUCAUCGACGAUCGUGUUUGUGUCGUGCUUCGAAAGUGAGACGCAAAGCGAUGACAUACAGCAGCCUGACUCAAGGCAAACAUAUCCAGUACAGCAGCAUCAGCAAAAACAGCAUCAGCUGCAAAAAAUCCCCGUUCAUCAACCCGACCGAGGUGGUGGAGGAGGCAGUGGUGCCGGCAGUGAACCACCUCGAACUGAUCAAGCGUCAGGAUCGCCGUCUGUCGGUAGCUCACCGUUCAACGAUGGAAGCCCGCAACAACAACAGCACCAGCACCAGCAGCAACAACAACAGCAACAACCAUCGAAAGCCGCUUCCGGUCAGCAGUCUUCCAGUCGAAUGCUAGAGACACGAAACUCAUACGCCGUUCUGAGCCAGGCAAUGUCGCAAGCCGUCCACCACGAAUUCGGCACCUACGGCAGCGGUUCGGCGGACGGGGCCUGCUCGGCCGACGAUCUGGACUGCAUCGCCCAUCACGACCAUCUGGGAAUGGAGGCGAUCCGGUCGCUGCAUCGGCAGCUCGAUGACGACGACAACGGGGACAUCGAUCUGAGCGAGUCGGAUGAUUUCCUCCGGGAGGAGCUCAAGUACGACUCCGGCUACGAGAAGCGGCACAAGGCGUUCCACUUCAACGACGAUAUGCACAUUUCGGUGAAGGAACUGUGGGAAGCUUGGCUUCGGUCGGAGGUGCACAAUUGGACGGUGGAUCAGACGACGGAAUGGUUGGCCCAAAGCGUUCAGCUGCCGCAGUACGUGCACCUGUUUCGGUUGCACAAGGUAACCGGAAAGGUGCUGCCCCGGUUGGCCGUUAACAAUAUGCACUACGUGAGCAACGUGCUCGGGAUCAAGGAUCCGAUCCACAAGCAGAAGAUUGCACUGAAAGCGAUGGAUGCGGUGCUGUUCGGACCGCCGAGAGAAACCGGUACUCGAUGGAAGGAUUUGUUGCUGGUGACCCUCCUGUUGACUGCUAUCAUUGGCAGCUGGUAUGCCUAUCAGCAGAAUAAGAAUGCUAAAAUACACCUCAAACGGAUGGCGAAGGACGUGGAAGGACUGCUGAAGGCGGAAGUGGCUCUCAAGGAUAUGCAGAAGGAACUGGAACGAGCCCGUCUGGAGCAGGAGAACGUAGGCAAGGAGAAGCAAGACCUAGAACGACGCCUCCGGGAGGCACCAACGCUAACGUCUUCCAAUUCCGACCUGGAGCUGCAGCAACUGAAGCAGGAGAUCGAAAUGCUUCGUUCGGAACUGUCGCGAGCCGAGGUGGAAAUCAACGAUCACUGCUGGACGCCACCGCAGGGCCUGCAGAGCUGGCUACAGUUGACGUUCGAGCUGGAAAACAAACACCACAUUCGGAAGCGAGUGAUGGCCGAAAAGCAGCUGAUGUCAGCCCGGGAGGCUUGCGAGAAGCUAAAGAAAAAGCGUUCCAGCCUGGUGGGAGCGUUCGUGUCGACGCACGGCAAGAGCAUCGACGACGUCGACCGGAGCAUCGUGGAGGCCCGCAAUGCACUGAACGAUGUGACCAACGACCUGCAGGAACGCAUGUUUCGGUGGAAACAGAUCGAACAGCUGCUGGGGUUUAGUAUAGUCAACAAUAACGGGCUGGCCUAUCUGGAGAAUCUGCUCUACAGCAGGAAUGGCGUCGGCAGUAAGAGCUAUCGAUCGCGCCUCUCAAGUAGCCAAGACGACCUCGAUGACGACUCCGUGCAAGGUUUGUACGAUGGAAUCUGCCGCGGUGCCCGGGACGAUUCAUCCGCCAGCGAUGAUGGCGAACGGGCCGAACGGGACACCGUGACGUUCAUCGUUGGCGGAGGCGGUCUGGGCACUUCCAGCUUGCAGCUUGGCGCCCUGAACACCCUCAACACCGGCAUUGUAACGCCGACGACGGCGAUGGCCUACCUGGGCAACAACAGUCAGCUGUUCGGUCAGCAGCUGCAGCACCAACAGAACACACCAUCACCGACACUGUCCCUGCACCAGUUCCACCAUGGCGGCAGCAACAGCAGCAACAGUCUCAACUAUUCCGGUUCGGUUUCGUCUACCACACCUUCUUCACCGCUGUCGUCUCCGUUCACCUACGCCAGUCUGCCGGGCCAGCAGCAACAGCAACCAAACAUGAACGAUAGUUCACAAAGUUUACACGAUGAAACGUUGAUCUCUUCGUCGACCGAGCGGAUAGUUCCGCCCCGUGGAAAGAAGGCACCGGUCAAGAUGCCCCAGACCAGCGUGUCGAGCGGUCUGGGGAAGACUCCGAUGCCGCCACCCCGGAAAACGAUGUCCUCCCAAAGCCUCUUCUCGCUGGCCGCUCGCUCGGCCGACACCGACCUGGUGCCCCUGGGAUCCCCAUCGCUAUCUCUUCCACCGACAUCUUCGAGCGCUACGUCGUCGCCGACGGGAUCAACCGUCGGUACCGUUUCCGCAGCAUCCACGCUACAGCUCCAGCAGCUCACUGAUUACUACCUUGCCCAGCAACAGCAGCAGCAGCAAUCUGGCCAUCCUGGCAGCCGACCAGGACUACAUCAGCAAUCCCUGCUGCAGCAGCAGCAACAGGGUGACAGUUACGUCACUUCCGGCGGCACUGCACCAGCUGGAGCAGCUGGACAUGCCGCCGAGCUGGACAACUGCUCGACCGAUUCAUCCACCGUCGACGAGGACAUCAAGCGAGGACGAGGACGACGGAAGCUGCCCUUCCCGUUCGGGAAAAAGUUCGGCAGCAAAUCGAAGAAAAAUCAAUGACCAGCGGCGGCGGCUUUCGGCGGCAGAGCUGGAUGCGCCGGGUGACGCACCGGGUGCGGGUGGCAACAACGAGCAGCAGCAGCAACUCCAGCGGAGCAACAGUAUCUGACGCAGGUGGAGCGACGCCAUUGGCAGUAUUCGGGGCAUAAUCCGGCGAAGCAGAACCCGGUUCACCAGGGACGACGACACAUGCUGUGAUGAUUCCAACGGCAAACGCUCAGCAGGGUAAGUCACCAUUCCUUCCACUUAUACAUACAAUACACACGAACAGGCAGAAGAAGAAGAAGAAGAAGAAAAAACACGACGAAUUAAUGAGCCACCACCGAUAUUUUAACCAAUAUUUGAUCGGAACGUUGCUUUCGGAAGUUUUUUGAGCUAGGUUUUUUUUGUUUUAAUUUGUUGAACACGCUUUCUCAGUUUUAGAGUUUUCCUUGUGUUUUUUUUUUUGGUUGGAUGGGAUCACUUCCGUUUUGGGUUGAUUCCUCGACAUUUAAAUGUUCUAGCGUAUUAGGCGUGAAGGCGAAAGAAAAAAGCUGUGAGUGAGAAAACAAAAACAGUACUUCCGAAGCGACUCAGAAGAAAACAUGUGUGCAUGUGUUGUUUAAACUAUUUUAUUGUAGGAGAUAUUGUUAUUUAUAUUGUUAAAAAUUGCGGAAGACCAAGCAAGUAUGUACUACAGCAAAACAACACGAACAACACGGUUAGGCUGUGGAAGGAAUUCAUUCAUGUAGGCGUUAGUUUAUAAGUAGCGCCACCUCGACGAGUGAUUAUGGGAGAGCGGGAAACGGGGGAGUUUGGCAGAAACAAAAUGCUAGCUAGAAGCUAAAAGGAUUUUUGAAAAGUCUGACGAGAAUCUUAGUGAUUAUGUGUACUUUUGUUUUUGUUUACUGCGGCGAACGUGUUUCCUUAUGUAUAGAUAGAAUGAGAAGAAUGCUACGCAACCCGUGUUUUUUUUGUUAAUUUGAGUGUAAGUGUUGAAUAAUUGACGGCAGAUUGCUGAAGGCUUUUAGAGUACUGAACGAGGCAGGAAGAAGUGUGACUGGGUCGCAAAAAUUCUGCUUAUGAUGGAUUGUUCUAAUUUUGGUACACUUUUCAUGGAAGUUUUUGUAAAUUAUAAUGUCAAAGUUUAGGUGUUUCCACCCUGAUACUGAAUUUAACAAAGCUUUCUGGUUGCAACGAAGUUUAUUGUCUUCAAGCCGCCGUGAAAAAUUAAAAAACUGCUGAUGUUUUUACUCACUGGUUAGUAUUUUCUAAAUUUUGUUCUCAACGUGUUAUUGAUUAUGUGUAUAUUUCCAUUUUUUUGGUACGGGAAAGAGGCAAAGGAUUCCUUCCAUCCCUUUAGCAAAACUAAUAGCAUAACAACACUGCCCGUACCCGAGAAAUUACCUGAAAAUUGUAAUCUACACUUGUCACAAGUUUUAGAGUUCUUUAGGCUAUAGAACUGGCAAACAAUCAAUUUUACAUAAAGUUUUCAAGCUUUCAUGAUAUCUUCAGACGACUUUUAAACGACUUUCCGACAACCUUUAGAUGAUUUCCAGUUGACUUUUAGAUAACUUUUAGACAAAUUUUGAAUGAUUUUUAAAAGACUUUCAGAUUAAUCUCAAAUGGUUUUCAGACGUCUUUCGAACAUACUUUCAGGCGACUUUUGAACAACGUUUUGACGAUAUCCAAAUCCAAUUUGCAGACCAGAGAUUCAAAUGACUUUUAAAAGACAUUCGAACUUCGUCUACCAAAGGAAUUUCGGGUAACUACUGGGCGACUUUCCGGCUGCUUUGGACGAUUUUUAAGCGGCUUCCAAAUGGCUUUCACAAUUUUCAGAUGAUUUGUAGACAAUUUUCAGAGGUGUUUCAUAAUUUUUUCAUGUGACAUCUAGGCUACUAGACGAUGAGACGAUAUUUUCGAAUGGCUUUCAACUGGCCUUAAACCACUUUCAGAUGUCUUUUAGAAGAAUUUCAGACUACCUACAGCCGAUUUUAGAUGAAAACCAAGUGCGUCUCAGACGGCCUUCAGAGUAUUUUCAAAUGACUUUCAGAAUAAAUAUAUUCAGAUGACUUCUCAGGUGUCUUUCAGAUAACUUUUUAGGUGACAGACCAUUUUUAAACGUCUUCCAAAUGGCUUUCAGACGACUUCUGGAGGAUAUUUAGACGACUUUCGAGAGACUUUCAGACGCCCUUCAAAUGACACACAGAUGACUUUUAGGCGACGUUUCUUAUUGGUUUCAGGAGACGUUUAACCGACUUUUAGAUGAAAUUCAUGUGAUUUCCCGACAGUCCUCAGACGGUUUUUCGGUGUCUUCCAGGCGGAUCUCGGGGGGUUUCUGGAUGAUUUAGUUGAUAUUUAGAUGACAUUGUAGGUGGUUUGUAGACGACUUUCAGGCGUCCUUCAGAAAAUGUUCCGAUGGCUUCUCAGAGAAGACGUCUUUUAGUUAUUUUCAAAUGACUUCCAAAUGGCUUUCAACUUCAAAUGAUUUUCAGAUGACUUCCAGGUAACAUUCAGACGACUUUUGGACGGCUUUCAGGUAAUUUAGAUGGCCUUCAGGCAACUUUUAAGCGAAAUCAGCGUGGCAAGCCUGCUUUCAGGUACUUUCUACUGAUAAUUUUCAGAUGGCUUUUAGACAACUUUUAAUCGACUAAUAUUAGUCGACUGUUAGAUAACUUUUAAAUGAAUUUUUAAAGACUUAGAAAAGACUUCCAAACAGCGUUCAGGCGACUUUCGGUGCGACUUUUAGACCAUAUUUAAAUUACUUUCAGGCGAUUUCUAGAUGACUUUUGAUCGUUUCCCAGACGGAUUGCACCCAAGUAACAAUUUGGGUUUUAUUACACUCUUAUGAUGGCAUUUAAGAUCAAAAUUGGUCAUAAAAACCGCCAUAAGACUACAAUAAAACUCACAUUGUUGCUUGGGCAGACAUAUUCCAGAAGUUUUCUACGCAAUAAGCAGAUGCGUCAGAUGAUUUUCAGGCAUUUUUAACAGAAUAUCCGGUCACCUUAUACAACUUUAAAAUGGCUUCAUCUUCAGAUGACGCAGAUAUUUUUCAAGCAACUUUUCCAAUGGCAAACGACUUUUAAGCGGCUCUUAGACGACUUAGAUACGACGGCCUUCAUACGACACACAAUCCACUUUCAGGUGACCUAUCAGACGACCUUCAGGCGACUCUUAAACGACUUUUAGAUGAAGGUCUUAUGAUUUUUAGAUGAUUUCCAUAUGGCUCUCAGACGAUUUUCAAACGCCAUCCAGACGGGAUUCAGGUGACUUCUAUAUGGCUUAGACAAUAUUUAGAUGGCAUUCUGUUCUGGUGUGUGUGGCUCUUACACAAUCGGAUGACUACUCAGAUGUUUUACGGACGACUUUUAAAAGAUUCAGAUGAUUUUCAGACAAGUUUUAGGCAACUUUUAGAUUACUUUGAAAAGACUAAGUCUUUCGGACGUCUUUUAGACAAUUUUCAAAUAGCUUCCAAAUGGUUUUCAUUUUCAAAAGAUUUUCAGAUGACAUUCAAUCAGCUUUCGAACGGUUUUUAAAUGUUUUAAAAUGCUUACAUAUGACCUUUCUUACGACUUUUCGAGUAGAUGUUAGGUGGCUUUCAGGUGGUUUUCAGACGAUUUGAAUAAUUUUUAGAAAAUUUUACGUUGGUUCUUAGAUGGCGACUUCCGAAGCGAUUUUCAGGAGAUAUUUAAAUGACUUUUGCACGCCCAGUCAGCUUCGGAGUACGAUGCUGCUCUAACAAACCAGUCGAUAAAGAAGGGUCAAGUUCUUAAGGACGUUUUUACCCAUGGCUUUGCUUUUUUAAACGACUUUAAGAUGAUUUUCAGACGACUUAUAAUUGUCUUCCAAACGGAUUUCAUUCUUCUCCUGAACAACUUUCAAACGAUAGUCAGAUAAAUUUCAGGCAGUUUGUAAAGUGGCCUUUAGACGACUUUCCAUUGGCUUUCAAACGGCUUUCAUAGGGCUUUGAGGUGACCUUAGCCAACUGUCAGACGUGUUUUAGAAGAAUUUCAGACAACUUUCAGUGAACUUUUCAGAUGCCUGUGAUGGCUUUCAGGCGAGUUAUUGAUAGUUUUCAGGUAAUUUUGGGCAAUCUUUGAGAGGUUAAGACCAUCAGCUAACUUUCAGGCGCCUUGUAGACAAUAUCUAAGUGACUCAGACGGUUUUCAAUCGUCUUUCAGACGGAUUUCGGGCAACUUCUGUAAAACUUUUGGACGGUAGUUAUAUCACUUUCAGAGGCAAAGGCGUUCUAGAACUUUCGAAUGGCUUUCAAACAAUUUUCGGAUGACUUUUAUUUAAACGAUAAUCAGAUGCGUUUCAGAUGGUCUUCAGAAUGUUUUAAACAACUUUCAGGCGACCUUCAGAACAUGCUUAGAUGUCUUUCAAUAUCUGACAUCUAUGUUUUAAACUCUUCCAAAUGGCUUUCAAAGGAUUUGUACUGAAUCACUUUUAGAAGACUUUGACACGACCUUCAGACAGACGAUGCUCAGGGCGACUUUUAUGAUUGAUUUCAGGCGACUUUUAAGCGACUUUUAGAUAAAAUUCGUAUCAUUUUGCGAUGGUUUGUCAAACGGAAUGAAAUAAUCUUCAGUUGAAAAUUUUUUAGAUGGCUCUGAGGUGAUUUUUAAUUGAUUUUCAGGUGACUGGGCUUGGUUCUGGGCCACUUUUAGAUGAUAGUCAGGUGACUCUCAAGUGAAGUGUCUUUCAGGUGAUUUUCAGGAGGCUUUCGAAUGGGUUUUAAACGCCUUCAGAGGGCUCUCAGAUGACCUCAAACCUAUGGAGUAGUUCAGAUAACUUUCUCAUGAUUUAGCUGACUUUUGAACAACGUUUAAAGAUAUUUAGAGCUGAUUUUCUGGCGACUUUAAGGUGAAAUUAGCUAUCAUCGAUUCUGCUGAUUUCAAAAGCAGUUUUUUAGAAGACUUUCAGAUGGUUCUUAGAUGGCUGUCAAGCUUCUUCGGGAUGACUUUUAGACGAUAAUCGGAUGCGUCACAUAACUUUCAGGCAGUUUUUAAAAGGCAUUCAGGUGACCUUAUACAACUAUCAGAUGUCUUUCAGAAGAAUUUUGGACAAUUUUCAGAUGACUUUCAAAUGAAAGCAAGAUACGUAUCAGACGCAUUCUAGAAUAUCUUCAAACGACUUCCAGAUAAUUUAGAAAGUGUUUAGAUGACGUAGAUGUCUUUCAGAUAAGUUUUCCGAUAACAGACUACUUUCAAACGCCUUCCAAAUGGUUUUCAGACGACUUUCAGCAGGCUUUCAAACGGCCUUCAGCUGACACGCAAUCCACUUUCAGGUGACUUUUUAGAUGGCUUUCAGACGACUCUCAACCGACUUUUAGGUAAAGUUCAUAUGAGCUUUAGAUGAUUCUUAGACGGGUCUUAAACUUCUUUCAGACGAAUUUCAGGCAGCUUCUAGAUAACUUCGACGUUAUUUAGAUGGCAUUUAGCUGGUUUUUAGCCGACUUUCAAGCAACAUCCAGAUAAUUGCUCAGAUGUCUUUCAGACGAAUUUCAAAUGACUCAGAUGAUUUUCAGUCAAAUUUCAGGCUAUGACUUUAAAAAGGCCAAAUUCAAAUGCCUUUAACCUUACGCCUUUCGAACGAUUUUCAGAUGAUAUUCAAGCGGCUUUCGGACGAUUUGCAAGUUACCUUCAGACGAGUUUUCGAACAUUUUUAAAAGACUGUCAGAUGGUUCUCAGAUGGCUUUUAGACGUCUUUCAACCGGCUUGCAGGCGGUUUCUCGAGCGAUUUUCAAACGAACAAUUUAAACGACUUUCAGGGAAAUUUUCAGACGACUUAUAAUUCGGUAGCAACUUUUCAAAAGGGCCAAUCUGCAAAAAGGUAAACAAACCGAGUGAGGGGUAUUGUCUUCCAAGCGGAUUUUAGGUAUCUUCGGGAUGACUUCCGGACGAUAGUCAGACAGACUUUCAGGCAGUUUUUAAAAAGACCUUUAGAUGACUUUCGAGCGGUUUUCGAACGGCUGUCAUAGGGCUUUUGGAUGACUUUAGACAAUUUUUAGAUGUCUUUUAGAAGAAUUUCGGACAACUUUCAGAGGACUUUUAGACGAAAGUCAGCUGGUUUUCAGACGGCCUUCAGAAUAUUUUCAAACGGGUGCCGGGCGACCUUAAGAAUAUGUUCAGAUAUCAGCCAGACAACUUUCAAAUGACUUUUAGGCGGUUUUCAAGUAAUUUUCAGAUCAUCUUUAGAUGGCUUUUUGAUGUCUUUCAGACGAGUUUUUUUUUCAAUGGUUUUCAGGUGAUUUUAGAGUACCUUCAACUAAUUUGGAUGACGUUUAGGUGAAUUUCGGAUAACUGAACUUUCAGAAGACUUUGGACAACUUUUAGAUGAUAUUUAAACGAUUUUAGGAUAACUUUCAAAAAACUACUGAACAACGUUCGGAAAUAUUUAGAACCGAUUUUCAUUUCAAGAUUGCAGAGAUUGUUGUUAGUAGAUGAUGCUUCAAAUUGCUUUCAGAUGAUUUGCUCACCAAACUUCAAACGACCUUCAGAUGGCUUUCAGGCGACUUUUAAACGGCUCUUAGGCAACAUUUAAACGAAUUUCGGACCGCUUCACAGUGGGACCAUUCUGAAAAAAAGGCGGUUUAAAGUCUUUUCUCGCUUUUCCUGACGUUUUUGAGCUUAGGUGUCUUCGGAGAAGUUUCCUAAAAAAGUGUUCUGCAUCUGUUGACAUUUUCAUACAAUUAGAUAUUGAGGGGAUGACAAAUUUGAAAAAAUUAGCUUUUUCUAGGAACUAGAUAGCAUGUUCAUGUGUUCGGCAAAGUUGUAGAACUUUGAAUUUCAUGAAACUUUGCCGAAGAUUCUAAGUAUCUGCAUCAUAUGGUUUGCGAGAUAUAAUUGACUUUCUGUCGUGACCCCCUUAAAAUCAGUUUAUUAAACUUUUUGUACGCGAAACAUCAUCUAACAGCUUUGACAUGAUCUACAAACUUUUUGACGCUAUCAAAAUACGCAGCUUUCUAGAAGGUGUAAAUAUCGUAUGUUGGUUUAUUUGCUUUAAAAAUUGAUUUAAAACAUGAAUUUUACCGUUUUUACAAGUAUUUUUUUCCGUAAAUAGGCACCUACUGGCAGCUAAAGUUAGCAUCGCUCAAACCGCAAAGGAAUAUAGUAUAAGUGUGCCAAAAAUCACGGCUGGGUCUGCUCGGGCAUUUUUUUUUGUUAUUUUUUUUCUAAUUUGUUAGAAAAUUAAGGGGCAUUAAGGACACCUUAACUGUUUUCAAGUAAUUAGGGGUAAAAAGAACCAAUUGAGUUCAACCUGAAAAGGCCUGAAACUGAGAUGAAAGUAUAGUCUAAUUAAUUUCAGUUCAGCUUGUUUUCGACAUAGUCAUUAAUUAUUUUGUGCAAUUUCCAAAAAGUAAAAUUUCAAAAUCAUUUCUAAGUCUGCGUUUAUAUUUUAUAUCGAUGAAUUGUCUUAUAGUAUAUUGUAAGACACUUUAGAAACCAAAAAACCGACCAUAUUCUUCGUCGUUUUCAUAGAAAACUGAAGAGUGGCACUUUUGCACCGGGUGGUCGUCUUGGCCCUAGUUCCCCUAAAUAGAAAAAUUUUACGCGUGCAUGAAUAUUCUCGCUUCGGUUGCCAGUAACACUGACAUUACCUAACGAAAAAGAGUGAUAUAUUUUUUAUGUUUCAUUUUCUAGAUGACUUUCAGAGAGAUAUCAGGCGAUUUUCAGUUAACUUUCCGAGCGGCUUUCAGGCGACGUUCAGUUGAGUUUACGAUGGCUUUCCGACGACUUUUAGAUGAGUUUCAGACGGCAUUACGGUGACCAACAGACGAUGAUCAGAUGAUUUUUCAAAUGACUCUUAGAACACAUUAAAAUGAUUGUCAGACAACUUUCAGACGGCCUUCGUAUGACUGUUAAAAAAAUUUCAAACAGAUUUCAAACAACUUUUAGCUUUCCGAACUUCAAGAUGACUUCAGGACAACUUUUCGAUGAUAUUCACAUGACUUUCAGAGGCUCUUCAGACGAGAUUUAGGUAAUAUCAGAAUGCUUUCCAGACGUAUUUCUGAGGGUUUUCAAAUAACUUUCAAGAGAUUUAAACUACUUUCAGAUGGCCUUCAGUUGUCUUUCAGAUUAUUCUCAUAUUUUACCGAUCUCAAUUACCGAUGGCUUUCAGAUGAUUUUCAGGCGUUUUACAAACAAAUUUUAAACAACUUUUAGGCGAACUUCACACCUUUAACAGGGCUUUCAAACAAUUAUAGAACUUUCAGAUGACCUGAAAAACACUUACAAAUAGCACCAUGACGACUUUGAAACAUCUUCAAAACGGUUUUCUGACGACUACUGGGCCACACUGAAACGGUGAGAAGAUUCAGAUGAUUUUCAGCGGAACUUUCAGGUAACCGUAGACGAUUGACGGAUGUUUUUGGAAGCAUUUCAGACAACUUUUAUUUAUUUUAUUUAUUUUUAUUUCAAACGGCCCAAGUGACACAUGGAAUUUCACACGAUUUUUAGGCGACUUGUAGAUGGCUUUCAGAUGACUUUCAACAGGCUGCUUCUGGGCGAUUUUCAGACGAUAUUUAGAUGGCUUUUGAUCGAUUUUAGACGACAUUCAAAGGGGUUUUAAACAGGUUUCACGUUCAGACGACUUUUAGAUAACCUUCAGAGGACCCUUUUAUAACUUCAAACGACCGUCAGUCGAUUUUAAUUUAAUUUUCAGACGAUUUUCGAACAAUUUUCAGAUGAUCAUAGAUUCGGAUGACUUCUGAGUGAUUUUUAGACUUUUUCGACUCCGAUAUGGCUUUUAGAAAACUUUCGAAAGGAUUGGCUUUCAGGCGUCCUACCGAUGAUUGUCAGAUGAAUUUAGAAGAAUUUCAAACAACCAAAAUCAGUUCUUACUCGGUUAUGUCUGAUAUCCCAACAGAAAGUUUUGUUUACGAGUAACUUAUCGAACCUUUGCGUAACUAAAAGCCGUAGAACAAGUGCUUGAUAAGCUAUUACAAACAUAAUAAAUUACAGAUUACAAAUUUUGAUAAUGGUACGAACUUUUUCUCGAAUCUGGUCAAACUGUGAAGCAUCGAAAAUCUGACCAAAACUUCACAGGGUCCUUGUAUGCUAUAAUAUAUAGCAGAAUGCGUUUUUUCAGGCACUCUUCCUUCUGGACAUCCGAGUUCAUAGCCUGACAUUUGUAACGAAAAUCUUGGAUUUCUGGCCGAUGCCAGAUAAGGAGUUACCUAGCAAAUUUAUCAGUGAAAUUAAUGUUCGGGCCGUUGCCCUAAGGGACUUGAUCACAAAGCUACCCAUAAUCUAUCUUCGCAUACAUUUUUUGCCAGUACUUCCUACGUCAGAACCUUGCUGUACAACUUCCGAGCGCGACUUGUGACCACUAUGUUCUCUGAUUCAGAGAUGGCAAAGUCGUCAUCCAAAAGUCUCGGGUUUGUUACCACUAUGGUUUUCAAUACCUUGAAACGUAGCUGUCGCUCGUCAGUGGCAUUUGGAUAUUUAUUGUGAUUCAUUCGAACGAUAGCUUUCCGUUCAUUGAAACGUUUGAAAACACUGUUCUACUCUUCCGUAAUAUCACCUUUAUAUGAUGCUGAUUACCCCUUGCUUACUCGGGCUCCUUUGUCUCUUGUACAUCUGCUAUUGUAAUGAAAAUUCUUAUAUUGUAAGAAACAAAACCCUUUUUCUUCAUUUGAAUGUGUCUACUCUUGGUCAGCACCCCCUCCUGUUGUAAAUCGCUCUGCUGUUCGGAAACUCUUAUAAAGCGAGACAAAGUCUUUUUACGUUUUUGAACCUUCCCCUUAUCAAUGGCCAACCUAUUCCCUCUAUUAGAAAUCCAGCAAUUUGUACAACUACUAUCGUUCCAAAUGCAAGAGAAACGCACGGUUUUACUCAUUUGAAUCUUCCUCCUCCGUUGUAAGAGACCGCUUGCCUCUUUUGUCAACCCACAUGCGCUGAUUUUUUUAUGUCAAAAAACAUGUGUGUCAAGUAUAAUGAAAACCCGGCCAGGCGUUCCGGCGCUAUGACCGAACAUACUCUCAUACUCACGUUCCUUGUUCCCCGCCUGCUGGCUCCUUCCCUGCAAGCUUCUUCUUCUGUAACGUAGCCCAUUAGGCAUCUGAUUGCUCUCUAAAAAUCAACAUAGUGGAAAUAAAACAAAGUUCUUUUUCCAGCUUUUUUUGCAAUAAUCGAUUGACACAAAAAUAUUGUUAAUCAGAAAUUAGUUAUAGGUGUUCAAAACCUGAUUACUUUCUCACAUCUUAGGUUUUAAUUUUAAACCCUUACUUUCCCUCUUACGGGAAGCAGUGGUUCCCCGUGGCAGGAUCGCCAUUUUUAAGUGUGGGUUUAAAAUGUUACUUAAAUAAGCUGUUGAGAGGCUUCACGGUAUGCGACUUGCUUCGCCGACUGUUGGCGGAGAAAAAGAUAUCGAUUUUAACUUUUGAUCUACUUCGCAUUGUUAUAGUAAGUUUAAGUUAUGAUCGAGCUUCUUUUAUUGAGUUCGUUGAUAUAAAGUUUUCUAAUGUCCUAACAUAUCCUACAGCUUUUAGUCACUAAACGACGAUUUUUAAUGACAUAAUAUUUCUAUUUCUCCUGAGAUAGAUAGAGAUCUGACCUUAACCCUUGUAUUUUUUUAACAGGCCUAAUACGGUUGUUAACCGCUCGAACUUCGAACACUCGAAGACUUUCGCCUAACGUAGAAUUAGAAUAAUGUGAUUAUUACAUAACACUAUUGAAAUGCCUUAGUUGUGGAAUGCUUUUAGCGACUUUUUUCAAUGGGAGUGUUCGAAGUUUCAGACUGAUCAAUCUGUCAAAAUUUCCUAAACGUCAAACGUUGUGACCCAGCGCACUUCUAUCUAGGCCUACUCGUUUUUUCCACUCUGCGUCGACUGUAUUUUUAUCAAGCCUUUUUCUGUUGGCCUGUUGAACGAUGGCAAUCUGUUACCAUAGGGAUACGAGGGGGUUGUGGUUGAAUGAAUGGCAACGCAAAACAGAUCUUAGUCAGAAAGUGUACAAAGGAAAUGCUUAAACUCUAGCUUUUAGUGUAGGUAAUCAAUUUAUACAUUAAUGUAAGGAAGAAGAAAAAAAACUUAAAAAAGGACAGAGUGAAGUGUUGUUCGCCUAGCCUAGACGGACCGGUUGAACGGAAGCGGUAAAAUAUGGUAUUAACUUUGAAUUUGGAAAAGUCCAAGUCGUCGAAACGUUGAGGUUAGUAAUUCAAAUUAUCGAUAGCGUAUAACGGAUAGACUUAUAGAGCAAUGCAGUACUUUGCAAUAUGAUGAACAUUAUUGACAGCAAAACGGAAAAAAACGGAGAUCCUAAUAAGCAAGAAACACCAACAAAAGUUUAUCUCCUAGCCAUUCAAUCAAUUGAACAGGGAAGAGAUGCGAGAAAUAUUUUCCCUUUAUCUACACCUAUCUACCUACCUACCCGUAUUUAGAAUGAUAAGAUAGAAGUGCACACCGUUAGACAUGGUUUAUUUAUUUAUACUUCCCGAUGAUGAUGACUUAAGUGCACGGUAGGAUGAUGACAAACUACUUGGGAAUUUUCCUUUCCUUUUUUUAUUCAACCAACUAAAUCAAGUUACUAUUUUUUCCCUUUUAUUUAUCAAUUUUAUCUAGCCGAAUAGUGAAUAGAAACAUAUUUUUUUUGGAAUAAACUUUCCCUAAACUCUCUUAUUGAUUACCUUUGAACGUUUUACUUUGAACCCGCAGCAUUUUUGUGGUUCGCAAAAUGUGAAUUUUUACAAGGGCUCAAUAAAAGGACAUAGAAUAUAGACAAACAGUAGAGCAAAUCAAUUGUUACACGGUAUGAAACACUAACCAUACAAUUUACAAAGAAGGAAAAACCACAACAAAAAAACUAUGAAACAUGACAAAAAAAUAAAAAACA